AUGACCCACUGCUGCUCCUCUUGCUGUCAGCCUACGUGCUGCAGGACCACCUGUCACAGGACCACCUGCUGGAAGCCCACCACUGUGACCACCUGCAGCAGCACACCCUGCUGCCAGCCCUCCAGCUGUGUGUCCAGCUGCUGCCAGCCUUGCUGCCACCCAACUUGCUGUCAAAACAUCUGCUGUAGGACCACCUGCUGCCAGCCCAUUUGUGUGACCACCUGCUGCCAGCCUUCCUGCUGCAGCACACCCUGCUGCCAGCCCACCUGCUGUGGGUCCAGCUACUGUGGCCAAACCAGCUGUGGCCAAACCAGCUCCUGAGCACCUAGCUGUGGAUCCAGCUGCUGCCAGUCCUGCUGCCGCCCAGCCUGCUAUCAGCCUACGUGCUGCAGGACCACCUGCUGCAGGACCACCUGCUGGAAGCCCACCUGUGUGACCACCUGCAGCAGCACACCCUGCUGCCAGCCCUCGUGCUGUGUGUCCAGCUGCUGCCAGCCUUGCUGCCGCCCAACUUGCUGUCAAAACACCUGCUGCCAGCCCACCUGUGUGACCAGCUGCUGCCAGCCCACCUGUGUGACCAGCUGCUGCCAGCCCACCUGUGUGACCAGCUGCUGCCAGCCUUCCUGCUGCAGCACACCCUGCUGCCAGCCCUCCUGCUGUGGGUCCAGCUGCUGUGGCCAAACCAAUUGUGGCUGUGGCUCCAGCUGCUGCCAGCCCUGCUGCCGCCCAGCCUGCUGUGAGACCACCUGCUGCAGGACCACUUGUUUCCAGCCCACCUGUGUGAGCAGUUGCUGCCAGCCUGUUUGCUGCUGA